CUUGUAGGACACAAACAUUUGACAUUCAUGACCAGACAACCCAUGGCUUACGCUGUUUGCCCUCUCUUCUGUCCUGCUGCUGUCUCUUGCCCACCUCGCCGGAACUACACAUGCCUGGUUUGUCCUGAUAUGCUUCCUACACACCGCCUGUUUCAACCUGCUACAGUGGGGCCCUCAGGCUUCUGUUAAUAGUCAAGGAAAACGUGAAAAAUGGAGGGGAAGAGGUGGGGUGACUGCAGGACAGGUACGACGUCAUAGAGAAGUGCUGAAGAAGCUGGAUGAUGGAAAACCACACACAACCCACAGAAUUCAUCCUAAUAGGGUUCUCAACUAUAAAGGAAUUGCAGAGUGUCCUCCUCUUUGCACCUUGUCUAGUGCUCUAUCUGUUUACGAUAGUUGGCAAUACUGCUGUUGCUGCCAUGAUUUAUUUGGAUUCCCGGCUUCACACCCCUAUGUAUUUUUUCUUGGGUAAUUUUUCUGUGGCAGAGUUGCUGGUCACAUCCACUGUAGUCCCCAGGAUGCUCGCAGGCCUAAUGGCUGGAAGGAAAGCGAUCUCCUUUGGAGGGUGCCUGACUCAAUUUUACUUCUACUUUUCUCUGGGGACCACUGUGUUCCUUCUUCUGGCUGUAAUGUCAAUCGACCGCUAUGUUGCCAUCUGCCAUCCCCUGCACUACUCCACCAUCUUGAGCAACAGUGUUUGCACCUGGCUUGCCUUUGGAUCAUGGAUGACUUCCUUCUUUGCUAUGAUUCCGCCAACGAUUCUCAGGGCUCUACUGUCAUUUUGCAGUUCCAAUCAGAUCAACCAUUUCUUUUGUGACAAUGCACCCUUGCUCAGACUCGCCUGCUCAGACACCCACCUCAUUGAGCUCUGGGAUUUCCUUCUUGCAAUUCUGUUUGUCUUAAGCUCUUUUAUUGUGACAACAGCAUCCUAUGCUGCAAUCAUCUCCACCAUCCUGAGGAUCCCAUCGGCUACUGGCCGUCAGAAAACCUUCUCCACCUGUGCCUCACACCUCACUGUGGUGGUCAUUGGCUACGGCACUACCAUCUUCAUCUAUGUGAGGCCCAGCAAAAACUAUUUCUCAAAUACGAACAAAAUGGUGGCCCUGUUGACAUCUGUAGGGACCCCAUUUCUAAAUCCAUUCAUCUUCACUUUGAGGAAUAAGAAAGUCAAGGAGGUCUUCAAAGACUGGUUGGGGCACCUAAGAGGGUCAUGGAGAACAAAACUGUGAUUGGGUUAGAUCAUAUAAAUGUAACAGUUGCUUUCCUGG